CAUUUUCUGCAUCCAGUUGUGGUAGUAUGGCAGUGCGCGUUUUCCUCGAUCCUCUGGUGAAUCUCAUUUCUGUGGCUAGUGUAGUAUGGGUUGUAGCGCGAUGUUUCGUGAUGACUGGUGGAAAGGACGCAGAUACAUCUCAUGCUCACCAAUACACAGAUAUGAAAUGGGUUAGUGCGUUGUCCAUAUUAAUCAUUUUGCUAAACGUGAUAGCAAAUGUCGUGAAGAUAUUCGACUCUCGUUUUUUGUGGCCUUUCACAUUGCCCUCGUAUGUUCUUAUCCAGACUGUACUCAUUGUCUGCGAGUUGACUAUCACUGCGAUUGUAUACGCGAGCGCAGACAGUAAUGCUGCAACUAGUUUCCAUGCGGAUCUCUGUUAUAUCGCAAUUCUGAUCGCUUUUAUGGAGACUACGGCUUAUGUGUUGCAUCGAUCGAUUCGGACUCAAGAAUAUGACGCUAUGAAAAAGAGUUUCUAAUCAAACAACCAUUAAAACACUAAAAAUCGGGUUCAUGCCUCAAUUAUAAUAUUGUUUAGCAAGUAUCAA